GGGUUCAAGAAACACAUGGGGGAAAAGUUGCAUUUUUUAUGAUAAAUAAUGAAGGGAUCAGAUUUCGUAUCGAAAAAGAAGAAGUAAAGAAUGAAAGAAUCCUACAAAGCUGGAUAUUUUUUUCUCUUCAAUCAUUGUUUCCUUCCCUUUCUUUUUCAUACAAAGUCAUACAGCAGUCACUCUCCCUGUUUCUUGUGGAUUUUCAGCAGAGGUUGAUACCAAAAAUGCAAAGCUUUGUUAGAAUUUCAGCGCUGCUAUGGGCUGACAUAUUAGUUGCCUACGCCUUUUUUGAGAUGCAAGAUUACUUGACCACUGUUUGGAAACUAAGCUAUACUCACGCUGCUGGGAUCUUGAAUGUCUGGAAUGGAAUCUCUAUGAUACUCCCAGUUUUCUUUCUCGUCGUCGUCGACACUCUUCUCGGAAAUUUCAAGAUGCUCCUCGUCUCCAGCAUCGCCUACACCGUGGGAAUCGGGCUCGUUACAAUGUCUACGCCACCAGUCCUCGCCAAAUCCACCAGGUCGUGCAAAGGCUAUGCGCCAGAAUGCAUCGGCCACACACAGAAAAUCCUCUUCUACACGGGCAUGGCGCUCAUAGCAGUUGGCAUAGCCGGUAACCUCGUCUCCCUGAAGACUUAUCUCGCGGAGCAGAAGGCGGAGAAACCUGAUGAAGAUGAUGAUAAAGAAAACAUUCCAAGAUGUGCUGAACUCGAUCCGUUACGCUUCUGCUGUCAAAUACCAGGUGCAGUUAUGGUGGUGGUUGUACCUAUAGUUGGAGCUAUUGCACUUCCAUAUAUAAAGCCAUGGAAGCUCCGGUUUGGAAUCCCUGCAAUCUGCACGGUUCUCGCAACAGUAUUUUUUCCGACUGGCUGGCCUUGCUAUCGUAAGGUCAGGCCGAAGGGGAGCCCGGUGACUAACGUGUGCAGAGUAUUCGUGGCCGCUGCUUUUAAGCUAUUCCAACCAUUUCCAUUAAGUGAUGAGCAAUACUACAAGAUAGAAGGUGAGCAAGUAGCCGAUUUUUCGCCUACUUGUUUGCUCAGGUGGCUGCAUAAGGCUGCCAUCAUAUUACCUGGUGAUUUGAGUGAAGAGAAACGAGUGACGAACACAUGGAGGCUCUGCUCGGUGGCACAAGUCGAAGACGCCAAAAUUGCUGUUCGGAUGGUCCCGAUGUGGAUGACCUUUGUGGUAUGCGGAAUGGUGUCCUCAACCGGAAACACAUACUUUGUAGAGCAAGCAAAAAACAUGAACCGAAAAUUAGGAAAAUUGAAGUUACCUCCUCAGAUACUCCUACUGGCACAGAGGUCGGCCAACAAGGUGUUCGGCUGGUGGAAGGAAGCCCUUCUAGCGGACCGAUGGAAAGGCACACCAGCCAUAGGAAUCGGAGUGGCCAUGAUCUCCUCAGUUCUGUGUUGCGUAGCUGCAGCUGUUGUGGAGACGGAGAGGCUCAAAGUUAUCAGAAAACAUGGUUUCCUCGACAAGCCAGAUGAGAACAUCCCCAUGAACAUACUGUGGCUGAUUUUCCAGUUCAUCCUGCUUGCAGGCCUCGACUCUUUCAUGGAGAACAGUGUUGCUGCAUUCUACAACGAUCAAUCUCCACGAUCUAUGAAAAAUGAUUCCACAAGAAGAUACAUCAAACAAUUCAUAAAAGGAGUAUCUGGCCUGGGAUUCAUGUGUAGUGUGCUUUCAGUAUAUGUUGUGGGAAAAGUAAGUGAGAGAGGAGGCAAAACUACUAGCUGGUUUCAGUUCACACUGAACAAGAGUCGUCUGGAUCGGUAUUUCUGGGUGCUGGCAGUUCUAAGUUCUCUGAAUCUAGCUGUGUUCAUCCUUGUGGCUUUACAUUACAAAUACCAGAAGCAGGACGAGUCAGAGCAAGACGAGGCAGGGGCUGAUAUGAGCUCAGGUGGAAACUUGCUUUAAGAGUUGGAUCAGAAUUGAUUCCAACCCGUCAAUUUGAAUUUGGGAAUCCUUUGCACACUUUACAUACUUUCAACUGAUUUUCAUCAAA